UUAAUUGCAUUUUACAGCCCAAACUGUACAGAUCUGUGAUUGAAGAUGUGAUCGAAGGUGUUCGGGAUCUCUUUGCAGAAGAAGGUGUUGAGGAACAGGUUCUAAAAGACUUGAAGCAGCUUUGGGAAACCAAGGUGAUGCAGUCUAAAGCAACAGAAGGCUUUUUCAGACAUCAUUCACCCCAGUUUACCCUACAGUUGCCACCUGGCUUCCAUCGCACACUGCAGACAUCAACAGCUUCUUUAGUUAUCCCUGCUGGCAGAGGUAUUCAGCACUUCACGACAGCAGACUUGGGUGCUUCACGAGCCAGUGCAACUCUUACUCUCCCUUCGGGCAUUGCAUAUCCUAUCCAUGUCCCAGCAGGAGUGACACUACAGACUGCUUCUGGCCAAAUCUAUAAAGUAAAUAUGCCGGUUAUGGUUACACAGGCCCCAGGAGGUGCAAGUAUUCUGCAGCAUCCUAUUCAGCAAAUCUUUCAGCAACUUGGGCAGUCUUCUGUCUUGCAGGCCAAUAUCGCCAGUGUUGCACAGUUAAACACAUCUUCUGUUCAAGCAGCUGCUGAAAAAGUGCAGACCCAAGACAUCCCACUUCAACAGACCACUGUUCUGCAGCAAGGCACGGUAGAAAGGAAACAACUAGAAAAUUCUGCAAAUGCUACUUUGGAACAGCAGCCUCCUCAGAGUCAGCAGCAAGUUACAGCUAACACCAUGUUAAAUCAGCAGGCAAGCUCAAUGGAAAAAUCUCCAAACUCUGAUCUGCACACAGCUGUGUUUACUUCAAAAUCCUCUGAAGCGGAUUCUACUACUGAACUGGUGGCAGACAACACAUUUCCCAUACCUCAGGAUAUGGAAGGGCAGGUAUCCCCGGUGUGCCAGGAUUCAGUGCAACAGCAGGUGUCUGAUGAUAUCAUUGAGCUGAUUAUUAUGGGUAAUGGCUUGGAUGAUAACCCCCUUCUAAAGGAUCAGGACAACAUUUCCAGCAUUGAAGAGAUGGAACCUACCAUGCAGAUAGACUCUGAGAUACAGACAGAGCAGGUCUGCAGUGGCCUUGAAGGGAUCAUUCAGCUAGAUGGGACUGGUGAUGUUUCUCCUAAAGAGGAAAUAGAAAGCCCAAGAGAUGUGGAAGAAAAUGAAUUCAUUGGCAUUAUUGACUCGGAGGAUCUGAAAGUGCUUGAUGAUGAUGAGGAAGAUGGUGACAGUAUUUCAAACAGUGAAUCCAGCAGCAGUAGUGAUACUGAAGAGCCCCCAGUAGACAUAAUUGAAGAGGAUCCUUUAAAUUCCGGUGAUGAUGUCAGUGAGCAGGACACCCCAGAUUUGUUCGAUACAGACAAUGUAAUAGUUUGUCAGUAUGAUAAGAUUCAUCGAAGUAAGAACAAAUGGAAGUUCUACUUGAAAGAUGGAAUAAUGUGCUUUGGGGGUAAAGACUAUGUCUUUGCAAAAGCCAUUGGAGAUGCAGAAUGGUAAAAUCUCACUGGAACACAUGAGGCAUAAUUUUCUUUAUUAUAAAAUGUUAUGUGAUCUUCUGUGAGGAGAUACUAAACUUGCAUUGUUUUUGCGGUUGAAAACAAAACUGCAUUUGUUGAAUAAAAUACCAGAGGUCUAAUGUUUGUUUUGUGUUGCUAAUACAUGCAGAUUGACUAUGUUCAAUGUUCUGUUGCCUCUGCUGUGUUGUUUUCUCAUCAUUUCUUUAUGCUUCUUUCUGGUGGAGACGUAAUCCGAAUGAAUAGCUUUAAUUAAAAACCAAAGUUUUGGAUAUACUAGUAACUUAAAGAAGACUCAUGCAAUAAACUUUAAGUUACUAAUAGACUUUUAAGUAUCUUCAAGUUUUAUCUUUCUGUUGUGGGUUAAAGUCUAAUGUAUUUAGUAUAAUGCAUUUAAAAACAAGGCUGCUAUGCUCCAAACUAAUACUAGCUAACAUCUGUAAAAGAUUUUAAGAGAUGCUGCCAUGUUUUUGUUGUGAUUUUAUUUUUAAUUUGCAUCUGAAAUGCAAGGAUGUUCUGUUGGGCUGGAGGUAGGAUGCAAUCUAGACUGCUUGGUUAGAAGGCCCUGGAGUUGACCAAACUUGAACUGUCAUCAAUUCACACGCUGCUAUGGAAAAGACUCCCAACGUAUGCUGAAGUUUAUUGCAUAGGUUAAUUUUAUAAGGAAAGUAAGUUAUUGUUAAUCUUUAACUAAGUCAUAUGACUUCUGUACAUACUCCAUUACAUUUUGAACAUGCCAGUAAACUGAGUGAUACAAAUUGACUGCGCCUAAGGGUGGGAGAUAAAAAUGCCAUCUCAUUCACGUUUCUAGCAAUGAUUUUUUUUUUUCUUUUCUGUUCUUGAAUGUGACGCAUAUUUCAGGAAAUGUACACAAGCCACAUAUGAAUUGGUGAUAAAACCCACCAGCUGAGGAAGACUUGUAUCCCUCUCCCAAAAACACUC